AUGAAUCAUAUGAAAGAGCUCAAUGUCAAUGCUUGGAAAGACAUGAUGGAUGUCCCAGCUGCAUGUUGGACUCGGUCUCAUUUCAAAACAGACACACAAUCUGAUUUGCAAGUCAACAACAUGUGUGAGGCUUUUAAUCGUGCAAUCUUGGAGUAUAGAGAUAAGCCGAUCAUUUCACUACUUGAAGGAAUCAAACAUUACAUAACAGUGAGAAUAUCUGCUCAAAAGGAGAAAUUAAGUAGGUACACAGGUGUUACAAGUCCUAGCAUUCAAAAAGUCUUGGAAAAAACAAAGAGGGCAGCAGAAGGAUGGAUUGCAACAUGUCAUACAGAUGAUGACUUUGCAAUAUUCGGAGUUUCAAACGGUGUUGAGACAUAUGCUGUGAACUUGCUUCAACAGAAAUGUGGUUGUAGGAAGUGGGAUUUAAGUGGAAUACCAUAUUGUCAUGCUAUUGCAUGCAUAUGGUAUAACAAGAAGGAGCCCGAAGAUUAUGUUUCAUCAUUCUAUAGGUAUCACCUACUCGUAUAUUAUGUUCAUUUACAUUCAUAG